UGACGUAGGGAGAGUUCCGGCUUCGGCCUCUGCCGCUGCCGCCGCUACUUCAGCCCCUGCCACUGCCGCCGCCGCUGUAGGGGCUAGUUCUUUCUAAAAUGGCGCCCCUAGACUUGGACAAGUAUGUGGAGAUAGCGCGGCUGUGCAAGUACCUUCCGGAGAACGACCUGAAGCGGCUAUGUGACUAUGUUUGUGACCUCCUCUUGGAAGAGUCAAAUGUUCAGCCAGUAUCAACACCAGUAACAGUGUGUGGAGACAUACACGGACAGUUUUAUGACCUUUGUGAACUAUUCAGAACUGGAGGUCAGGUUCCUGACACAAACUACAUAUUUAUGGGUGAUUUUGUAGACAGAGGUUACUAUAGUUUGGAGACCUUCACUUACCUUCUUGCACUAAAGGCUAAAUGGCCUGAUCGUAUUACACUUUUGCGAGGAAAUCAUGAGAGUAGACAGAUAACACAAGUUUAUGGAUUUUAUGAUGAGUGCCAAACCAAAUAUGGAAAUGCUAAUGCCUGGAGAUACUGUACCAAAGUUUUUGACAUGCUCACAGUAGCAGCUUUAAUAGAUGAGCAGAUUUUGUGUGUUCAUGGUGGUUUAUCUCCUGAUAUCAAAACACUGGAUCAAAUUCGAACCAUUGAACGGAAUCAGGAAAUUCCUCAUAAAGGAGCAUUUUGUGACCUGGUUUGGUCAGAUCCUGAAGAUGUGGAUACUUGGGCUAUCAGUCCCCGAGGAGCAGGUUGGCUUUUUGGCGCAAAGGUCACAAAUGAGUUUGUUCAUAUCAACAACUUAAAACUCAUCUGCAGAGCACACCAACUAGUGCACGAAGGCUAUAAGUUUAUGUUUGAUGAGAAGCUGGUAACAGUAUGGUCUGCACCUAAUUACUGCUAUCGUUGUGGAAAUAUUGCUUCAAUAAUGGUCUUCAAAGAUGUAAAUACAAGAGAACCAAAGUUAUUCCGGGCAGUUCCAGAUUCAGAACGUGUUAUUCCUCCCAGAACAACGACGCCGUAUUUCCUUUGAGGCCUGCGCCCAUCCUGCUGACCGGUCACAUUUUCUGCCCUCUUCUUACCCCAACUUUCGUGUAUUACCCUCUAUAAUAUACUUUUUAUUGAGCACUUUGCUGCUGAAAUGCUGCCUCUUGCCUUUUUUUUAUUUUAAAUUAUCUAAAUUUAUUGUUUGUUAUGGUGUCUAUAACAAUGUUUUCCUAUCAGUUUUCUCCCCCAUCCCAUCCCCACCUUGGACUCAUCUGAGAAGACUUGAGAAAUGUCUUAAUACUCAUACUGCUGCAUGUAGCUCUUGCUUAUUUACUGGUCUGGGGGAAACAAGAUGUGUUUCCUUUUUUAAAAAGCCAAUUGACAGAACAGACUACACUGAAAUACUCCUUUUAUAUCAUUCAGGCUUUUGUUUUAGUUCGGUAAGUUUUAAGAAAUUUCAGCAGCAAAGUUGUUAUUCAGUGGGCACGAUGGACUGCAAAUGCCUCGAGUUAUGUAUACUUGUCCCAGCUGUAAACUUCAUUGUCCUUUGUUGGAUAUUUUAAGUGGAUAUAAAAUAAAUUGGUCUAAAGGGCU